AUGGAGCCUGCUUCAACUUCAAUUAAAUUCCUAAGCACUUUUAGCUCUGGGACACUGAGAUCUCAAUGCAAAAAACUUGCUCAAAGUGAGUGCACAACUGCACGACAACAAAUCCAUGAUCUUCAGCUUAAAGAUGCAAUAAGUCGGCAAGAACUGUCAAAGCUCGAAAAAGAAGCUCAAUCAUUGGAAACUCAGCAAGCCGCUAUAAAAGAAGAAAUAGCCAAAAUUGAGCAGAAACUCAAGCAAGAAGACCGACAACUUCAAGCACAAGAAGAAGAUUUGGCAACUUUUAGAGUAAAAAUUGCUAAAAAAAAGAAAUUCAAAGACAGUCAAAAAAUAAUCAACGAAAUUGAAACACUGCGACAGUCAAUUCAUGAAAUGAAAGAAAGGCAUGAAGAAGAAGUCGGAAUGUAUAUUGCGUCUCAACAGAAAAUAGGAGAAUUAAGCUAUGCUUUAGGAAGGACCCCAAAAACAGCUGAAAUUAUGGACCUAAUGAAAGACCUAACCAAUAUGUAUGAAGAACAAAUCCAGCAUAAAGAUUUAGCUAUCAACUUCCAAGAAAGGCUCAAUCAACAAGAAAAUCAACAAAUCAGAAACAGAUUAAAAAAAGUUGAAGAAAAAUUAAGCCGCAUAGAAAAUGAAAGAAUUACUGAUAAUAAAAGAAUUUUUAAGCUAGAAACUCAGACUAAUAUUUCAGAAAAUGACAAUGGGCUUAAUAUUAAAUGCAUUGAUCAAGACACUGAGAUGCAGUCUAUAGCAGCUGCUGAAGAAAUUAUCCAGAAACUGAGAGCAAAACUAUCAAAAACUCAAGAUUUAAGCACUUUUGUAGCAAAACUUGAUCAUCAAAUCAACCGUCAUAAAAGCAAGAUAUUCUGUUUGGCUGAUUAUUUCCAUAUUUAUUAUAAUUAGCAUACAGAUUAUCGCAUAAAUUUGAAAAAUUAUUCCUGAUAAAAAAAAUAAUUUCAAGCCAAUAGAAUAAUCGAUAUGGGAAAAAAUAAUUUAAAUAACUAG